GUGCUCUUCGUGCUGCUGCGGACGCCGCGGCGCCGCACGGUCACGCACCUGUUCAUCCUCAACCUGGCCCUGGCCGACGAGCUCUUCACGCUGGUGCUGCCCAUCAACAUCGCCGACUUCCUGCUGCGCCGCUGGCCCUUCGGCGAGCUCAUGUGCAAGGUCAUCGUGGCCAUCGACCAGUACAACAUCUUCUCCAGCCUCUACUUCCUCACGGUCAUGAGCGCCGACCGCUACCUGGUGGUGCUGGCCACGGCCGAGUCGCGCCGCGUGGCGCACCGCUCGUACGGCUCGGCGCGCGCCGUGAGCCUGGCCGUGUGGGCCGUGGUCACGCUCAUCGUGCUGCCCUUCGCCGUGUUCGCGCGGCUGGACGACGAGCAGGGCCGCCCGCAGUGCGUGCUCGUCUUCCCGCAGCCCGAGGCUUGGUGGUGGCGUGCCAGCCGUCUCUACACCCUGGUGCUGGGCUUCGCCCUCCCGGUGACGGCCAUCUGCGCCCUGUACACCUGCCUGUUGUGCCGGCUGCGCGCCAUGAGGCUGGACAGCCACGCCAAGGCCCUGGACCGCGCGAAGAGGCGGGUGACAGUGCUGGUGGUGGCCAUCCUGAGCGUGUGCCUCCUCUGCUGGACCCCGUACCACCUGAGCACUGUGGUGGUGCUCACCACCGACCUCCCGCAGACGCCGCUGGUCGUGGCCAUGUCCUACUUCAUUACCAGCCUGAGCUAUGCCAACAGUUGCUUCAACCCGUUCCUUUAUGCCUUUCUAGACGACAACUUCCGCAAGAGCCUCAACCAGCUGCUGGCGUGCCGGGCGGCCCCCUGA